AGUGAGUACACAUUCCAUUCAUCCAUUCAUUCACGGGGGUCGGACUCGGACUCGGAGUGCUGCUGUUGAGAGCUGUUGGCUCUUCUUGCUUUCUUCUUCUUCUUCUUCUUGCAGACGACGAGACGAGAUAGAGAUUAUUUGAGACUCUCUCACACACACACACAAAGAGAAAGAGAGCAGAGAGAGAGAGAGAGAGUGUGUGUGUGUCGUCAAUGGCGACGACGUCCAGAUAGCAUAGCUAGGGUUUCGUUUGCAGGUGGGCCGGGGGAGAUGGCCGCCGAUUCGAGCACGGCCAUGACCUUGUACCAGGGCGUCCCCUUCCACCAGCAGCAGAACCAGAUUGAGAUAGAGUCCAUGCUCUCCUUCCAAUCCUCCUCCAUCCCCCCACCUCCCACACCCGCCACCAUGCUUCUUGCCCCAUCCUCCUCUUCCUCCGACUUCCGCAACUACAAGUUCGUCACCUGUUCCCCCGCCGAUUGGCCCCACCACGACCUCGCUAUCUUGAACGACGGCCUCCUCAGAUAUGCUCAUGAACCCAAUAUUAUCAAGUACACCAAGAUUGCCGCAAUGCUGCCUACUAGGACUAUCAGGGAUGUCGCUUUAAGAUGCCGAUGGACUAAAGACAACGAAAGUAGGCGUGGAAAACUUGACCAAGUCUACACGGGGAAAAUGAUAAGGGGCUUGAAGGACAACAUGGUUUCGUCUACCUUGGCAGCUAAUAUUCAAAUCCAAAAUCCAAACAAUAUGGUACCAUUCUCAAUAUCAAUGCAUUAUCAGGGUCAAAACAGCCUGCUUCAUAAGGAAGCAGUCCCUGUUUUAGAUAGUGCAACUCAGCAUCUUUUGGAGGAAAAUAACCAGUUACUAAGCCAGAUUGCCGAAAAUAUCGAAACUUUCAAGACGGUGGAGAAUAUGGAUCUCUUUCUGCGGACGAAUAAUAAUAUCAGAACAGUUCUUAAAAGAAUGAGUGAGACGCCUGGUAUCAUGGGUCAGAUGCCUCCCUUGCCAGUACCUGUAAAUGAAGGCAGCCUGAAUACACUUCUCCAAAUGGACAGAAUGGUUGGUGCCUAUGGUAUACCAUGAAACUCCCAUAUGGACGCGGGACUGAUGUAAAAGAUCCUGUUUGGAAAGGGGGAGAGAUGUAUUGCAUAGCAUCCUAUCGGGGAAGUUGACAGAGAGGAGCCUUUGCCUGAUUUGUACUAAUGGCAUGAAGACAACCAAAGGAUGCUAGAGCUUAGACUAACCAAGGUGCCACGGGAUAAGUAAUGUUUUUUGAGGAUUUUCUUUUUCUUUUUCCUUUGAAUUGUUUUAGCUGCCGUGUGUCUAUCCUUGAUUAUUGGGGAAGAACAUGCCAUCAGUCAGGCGGGUAUGCGGGUACUUUCUUGGUUGCUGCAAGAAAGUGGAGUACAUGCUGCCGCUGCACUUUAUUCAAUAGAAAGGGAAUGUCUGUAAAUAUUGGGUCAGGUGUGGUGGUGGUUGGUAUUCUAAGGCCGCUGUUAAUGUAAAAGAACGUCUGUUCUCUCGGUACAACUGAUUCUUCAUCCAAGGGAAAAACAUACAACUAACUGAUCAUAUUAUAUAUUAUGGCUAUAAUGCUGUCAUCAUGGGGUA